CGAUUUCGGGGGCCAAGACGGGGUGAUAGUUGUCGUGAUCUGCCUGGCCAAGACGUGCCAAUUCGUAACUAAGACACAAAUGCAUCCCAUCUUGUCGUCGAUGCGUGGCUGUUGUUGCUCGUCUAGGAUCUUCUGGUCUUUGAGCACACGGGGUUUUGUGAGCCUCAGCUCAAGCCCGGCGAGACGAUCACAGGUGGGCAGGAUGUGUAACUGUGAUCGUAGCGCUGUUUGUCGUUGCGUAUGCAGGCGUCUGCGCGUCCAUCGCUCUAUUCGUGCCCACUCUGGACGUCCCGCCAUCCCUGGAGGGCGAGCCACUCGCCAUGAUCCAGUCGCGGCCCGCCAAGACCAAGGUACGACACGGACAGACACGCCACGCAAAUGGACAAUGGAAGCGCUGCGUCACUCGUGUGUUCCACGUGACGUCAGGCACUCUCGACAAAGCUCAACAUGAAGAAGCCGAAAGGUGAGUCAACUUGAUGGCCGCACAGUCCACGACUGGACGUACGAAUCAUCCUUCUAUGCCUUCGUCACAUGUUUCGCGAUGUAGCAGCAUCUGCUCGCCGGGAGGUGGAGGGCCUGUUCGGUUGCCCCCUUCUAACUGCGCUUCUAGAGGACAGCGAACCAAACAACGCCACGGGCAACCCCACCGCCAACAUUGUACAGGUGGGUGAGAGAGGCAGACAUCAUCUCUUCUGCGUGUUGCCGGAAUUCUGCUCUAUUAAUUUUCCGUCAGAAUGGCACUGAUCAAUCUCUGCUGGUGGACCUCCCCUUCGCUCUCGCGAGCGGCUUCCCCCAAGUGGUGGUCGCGGCCAAUUCAGUCCAAGGCAACGCCAACCUCAUCGCGGCCGUAGAUGAGUACGAAAGACAAUGAGGGAGGGCAUAUGUCUCUGCAUGUGUUGGUGUGCCUCCGCAGCGAGCCCUUUAGCUUGUCUGAGAAUCCGUCCGGAGAGGCCGACGCCGUGUACGAAGAUGCGCUGAUCGUGCCGACCGAUGCUGGAAGCAAACUGGAAGUGUUCGUCACGGCAGCUGACGGCGAAGACGCCAUGGCGGUACGGAUGCACACGCAGCCCUUCCUCCUCCACUUAGGUCAUGUGUGUAUGUCAUGUGUGGGCGCGGAUGUGUGGCGCAUGCAGGAAGUGGUGGUUCUGCUCUUCGACGGGGCGUGCACCGUCCCCUUCGAAAUCACACCCGUGGAUGUCCCUACUGUCCCGGUUGAUGGUGGGGGCGCCGAGCGAUGA